UUACAUUGCAUUACAUCAUCAAAGUCUAGACUAAUAAAACCUUUUUUUUUUAGAAAUGAUUAAAAUAAAUUAAUUAUAAAAACAAAAUAAUAAAAGUGACAUAUCAUUGAAUAUUGACAAAAAUGGAAUACCUAGGUGAAGCAAUAGCCCUGAGUAUUGAUGGUAUAAUACUUGGUGUUUGUCUACGUCAAUAUUUUGUCUGCUCCAAAGCAAUAAAUGCUGUCAAGGAUGUGGAAAUACACGAAGUGAAUUCACAACUAGCUGAAGUAUUAAAAAAUAAACCGGAUAAUAAAAUUGGAUAUGUUGCUAUUCGUGGAUAUGUCAAAGCUUUGGGUAAUCCACUUUACAGUGUUAAUGACAAAAGAAUAUCUGGAGUUGUACAAAGAUUAACUGUCAAGGAACAUGUUGUUGCAAGAACAACUGCUGGUUUUUGGUCAGAUCAAGAAAGAACAAUGCAACAAGUAUGUAAUUCUGUACCAUUUGCAUUAAAAAAUGGUAAUUAUAAUGUUGAAAUAAUUGAUGCAUUAGAAGCUAAAAUAUUUGACAUGGAUAUUAUUUCUGAUGAAUUUAAACCAAGUGCACCAACAAUAGUUGAUCAUAUAUGGGGAUUUUUUACUGGUGUACGUCAAAGAGGUUUACAAUCAACUGAAGAAAUGUUACGUGAAGGUAUACCAUUAACUGGAAUUGGUGAAUUAACAUUAAAUUCAUCAACGUCAAAUGAAAUAAUACUUCAACCACCAACAAAAGCACCAUAUUAUUUAACAACAAUGUCAGUUGGUUCAUUACUACGUAAACUUGAUAAUAAAAAAACAACAUAUAAAUAUUUAUGUAUAAUAUUUGGUACAAUUGGUAUUGUUAUUGGUGGUAUUGUUAUAAAACGUUAUAUUAAAGAUCGUGAAAAUGAAAAAAUAGCUGAACAAUUACGUAAAAAUCUUGAACAAUCAAGAAAAGAAAGACGUCAAAGAGUCAGAGAUGGAGAAUUACGUGAUGAUCAAUUGUGUAUUGUUUGUAAAACAAAUCCAAGAGAAAUUAUAUUACUACCAUGUGGACAUGUUUGUUUAUGUGAAGAUUGUUCUGAUAGUAUUAAAUUAUUCUGUCCAGCUUGUAGACAAAAAAUUGAUCAAAAAGCAGCAGCUUAUAUAACUUGAUAGAAAAUAAAUAAAUAAAUUUAUUUUUCUUUUUUUUGUGUAAAUAAAAAUAAAUAUAAUUCAAUUUUAGAAAA